AUGCACACGCUGUUCGGCGAGCAGAAUGCCUAUUACCGGCACGCAACGGCCGUCCCCGUUGGGAUGGGGACCCCGUCUUAUCCGGGGGUCGGUGCCACGCCAGGAUACUACGAGCAGUACCGGUACGGCGGUUACGCGACGGCGGCUGGCUACCCGGUCUCUGGUAUCACCCAGCAACACAUCCAUCAUCCGGACAAGGGCAUGGUCAAGCCGCCGUACUCGUACAUAGCUCUGAUCACGAUGGCGAUACAGCACGCGCCCGAGAAAAAGAUCACCCUGAACGGCAUCUACCAGUUCAUCAUGGAACGGUUCCCCUAUUAUCGCGAGAACAAGCAGGGCUGGCAGAACUCUAUCAGGCACAAUCUCAGCCUGAACGAGUGUUUCGUGAAGGUGCCGCGGGACGACAAGAAGCCGGGCAAAGGAAGCUACUGGUCGCUGGACCCGGACAGCUACAACAUGUUCGAUAACGGUUCUUAUCUGAGACGUCGUAGACGCUUCAAGAAGAAGGACGCCCUGAAAGAGAAGGAGGAGGCGCUGAAGAGGCAGGGCCUGGUGCCGGAGAAACGCAGCCAGGACGACGCGAAACCGAGCAGCAUGGUCAUUCAGCCACCGACGGACGCCGCGUCGAAGAAACUGGGCACGCUGGACGCGACCCUGUGCAAACCGAAGCGGGAGCCCGUCAACGAGGCCGGGAGCCACUGCAUGGCCGUGCAGGCCAAGUACAGUCUUCACAGUCCGAUUCAGGAGGCGAAAACCACGGCCACGACGACGGCGGCCGUCGCGAUACCCGGCCAGAGCGUCAUACAGACGGCGCUCGGCCACCAGGUCCACCAAGCUCACCAGGUCCAUCAGGACCCCAUCCAGGACGUAUCGAUGGGCCUGGAUCCCACCAGCUUCAGCGUCGAUGCUCUGAUGACGACGCGGGAGAACAGCGCCGCGUUGAUGUCCAGAGACAGCCAGCACCACGCGCACCACCCUCACGGUCUUCAGCAUCCGCACCCUCACUCGCACUCGAUCAUGACGAGCAGAGAGUCGAUGGGCGCGGGUGUGGUGUCCAGGGACCAUUUGUCGUCCGUGUGCUCGGCCACCACCACCACGACGGCCGCCGUCGCGGCGAUGAUGGCGACCACCGGAUACGGCCACGGUAGCACCGUCUCCAGGAGCAACGGAUCACCGCCCGGGACCAUGUACGCGCCCUACUGCACGCCAGCGACCGGUUACAUAAUGGAACACGCGGAAUACAAUUCGAGAAACCAUAACAACACCGCGGGACACUCGCAAUGGUACCAGGAGGCGGCCAGUCCCGACACCGCGGCCAUUUACCAGGACACUCAAUCGCCGAGCUGUCAGCUUUACAGAUCCAGCCCACCCACACCACUUUCGACGAGUGCGGCACCGUCGCCGCCCCUGUACCACAGAUAUUACCAAGACUGCAACACCGUCAACACCAGCGGCAAUUUACCGAUCACGCUGCACAAAUACUGA